AUGGUGCGCUCCUCUCGUCCCUCAUCGCCUCCCUCGCCCUCGUCCCCGGACACUCACACCCACCCCCACACACCCGCCUCGCCUCUGCAGAGCUUCCAGGACCUCGAACGCGGCCUCGGCCAACGAGCUCCCCUCGUGCGAGACACCGGCAUCGACCCAGACGCCGACCUCGAGUUCAAGAAGCUCGCCCGCACCAUCGCCGUCCAGGUCCAGAAGGUCGCCGCCAACACGGCCGCCGUCGCCAAGUUCGUCGACCUCCUCGGCUUGUCAAAGGACAACCCGACCCUCCGCAACCGCCUUCACGACCUGACCGAGUCGACCCGCGAGGUCCUCAAGGGCUCGACGACCGACGUCAAGCGCCUCAACGACUGGAAGCUCCAGCCCGACGACCGCCACCACCGCCAGGAGCAGCAAAAAGUGUCGGCCGACUUUCAGCGCGCGCUCGAGCAGUUCCAGGUCGUGUCGCGCCGCAGCGCAGAGCGCCAGCGCCUCUUUGUCGAGCGGCAGCGCGCCACCGUCGAGGCGGCCGACGCAGUUGCGCUACCCAACGACGCCGGCGAGUCGGGCCAGCUCCUCGAGCUUCAGCCGCAAGACCAGCUCGCCGACGCCGACCUCGACUUUCAAGAGCAGCUCAUCCAGGAGCGCGAGGGCGAGAUUGAGCAGAUCGAGCAGGGCAUCACCGAGCUCAACCAGAUCUUCAAGGACCUCGGCCAGAUCGUCGGCGAGCAGCAGAGCAUGAUCGACAACAUCGAGACGAACGUCAUCUCGGUCGCGCGCGACACGCACGGCGCGUCGACGCAGCUCACCGAGGCGCACGCCUACCAGCGCAAGGCCGGCCGCCGCAUGUUCUGCCUCCUCCUCGUCUUCCUCCUCGUCUUGACCGUCGUCCUCCUCGCCGUCCUCUCCUAGCUCGCCU